AUACAUAUAUACUCCUUCACACCUAAAUUUCUCUCUCUCACACACACAUACACACGCACGCCGAGCUGAAAGGCACAUUUCUUUCUCCUACUGCGUGGCGGCAGAUCGGUUUUGAGAGCUGUUGAUUAAUAUCAGAUAAAUCUGGAGAUGUUUAUCGUUUGCUGUGGAAGUUAUUAGGUUUCUAUGAUAUGAUCUAUGUUGAUUUCACAAAUUGAGUUUCUGUAACAGACGUGCAAACUUUGAGAUCGUUUUCCCUGCAAAUCAGUUGAUGCAAUUCAAGCAAGAUUGCAGAAGAAUAUGAUAGUGGCUUUGAGUGAAAUAAUUUUGCAUCUCGAGUGAGAUUCAUAGCCAUUACCCGAAUAGUUCUUACAGAAUUUGCAAGUGAGUAAAGAUGGGGUCUGCUUGUUGUAUUGCUGCUAGAGAUCGAACUGUAAUAAAUGGAUCCAGUAGUGAUAUUAUGUCACGUAAUGUUCGCUACUCGCCUUCAUGGAGCUUUCGGUGGGAUAACCGGGGGCGUGUGGCAGAGGAAGAAACGUCUGUGAAUUGGCUUUCUGAUGGUGUUGGCACAAAUGAUAGAUUGGACAAUAAAUCUCAGACAACUAUAGAAACCGCAAAUGCUUCAGAAGCAGGCAGUCCGUUGGAAGGUUUUCAAAGUAUCACUCGGCGAAAAUCUCCACCUUCUGAAGGCAAAAUGGUUUGUACAUCAGGUCCGCUGAAUGCUAGAAAUCCGCGAGAGGUGAUGGAGUCAACGGAAACACCCGUAGAUUUGGAACCGUCUCCAACCAAUAUGUCACCGCCACCGCAUUUACUUUCAUCCUUUUCGAUAUCUCCUAUCUCUUCCUCCCAUGGCGGCCAUCCGCCGCCCUCAAACUCAACUGUAUCAAGGCGGCAUCAUCUUUCCCCAGGGUGGAGCAAUGAAUCAAACAGCGCGUCCCAAUCUCAUGGCGGAUCUUCAGACGGGUUUUCCGAGCUCGGCUUCGGUGGUUUUUCCGAGCCUCUCAGCUUCGGAGGCCGAGUUUCUUCUCCUUCCGUUACACAAAUCUGUGGUGUUUGCUCCAGACGUUUAUCGGAUAAAUCUUGGGGAAGCCAGAAAAUUAUGGCGACUAACGAGCUUGAUGUUGUCGCCAUUUUGAUAUGCGGCCAUGUUUAUCAUGCCGAGUGCUUAGAAAGUAUGACGACUGGAACCAAUAAGUAUGAUCCUGCAUGCCCGGUUUGUAAUUUUGGUGAAAUACAGACUCUCAAGUUGUCGGAAAAAGCAUUGAGAGCGGAUAUGGAGUUGAAAGCUAAGAUCACGAAGAAAUUAAGGCGUCGAGGGAUGGAUGGUGAUUCCAUUGUAUUUCAAGGUCCUCAAAUGAGCUCUAGUUCCAGCAUGAAAAGCUCUAUAGGAAAGCCAUUCUUACGGAAACACUUCUUGUUUGGCUCCAAGCGUAGCCGAUCCUUGUCGGAAUCUAAAUCUUCCUGGAAAAACGGAUUUCUCUGGGGGAGAUCGGGCAAGGAGUGAGCUUCUCGUUCGAUCUUAUAGGUUUUAGGACAUAAAUUUUGACGACUACCUCAUGGGAUGAGUGGAUGGUGAAGCACACAUAAAUGUCAAAAUCGUCGUCAGCUCAGCUGAGUAUAUAAUCUUGAUAGCAAAAAUGAAUUUAAACCUUUUUUUUUGUUUGCUAUUGUUCUAUAUUUAAAAUUUAAUUCUGUUGGUUCUCCAAAUUGAAACGGGUUUGUUUGUGGUCUCUGCUACUGCUCGGAUUGGGUUCAAAUUGGUCAACUUUGCUUGUUGGGCUGAU